AUGACGCCAGUCGCUCUAACCAUUUCACGACUGUUGCGACAACAGGCACAGUCAAUGACCACAAGGUCUCUAAUGCGGCAACCACUUCUCCACAAGCAACAGCGCACUAUUGCAUCACAGCAGUUCUCUCAAUCCUCGAGAAAACUCGGUCAAUCAAGACCUUCACUACAUACCUGGAAACCAAUCAAUCAAACCCUACCAAAACAAAAACGCUUCUCAUCCUCCACCAGCACAAAUGAAACAGCACACCACCAAUCUCAUACCCAAAAUCAACAACAAACAAAACAACAAGCCCAAUCCUUCUCCCAGCGCAUGAAGACCCUUUCUCGCGAAUACGGCUGGUCAGCACUAGGCGUCUACCUCGCCCUCUCCGCGCUCGACUUUCCAUUCUGUUUUGCGGCUGUUCGAUUAUUCGGCGUUGAACGAAUUGGGUAUUAUGAGCAUUUGGUUGUUGAGGAGGCGAAGAAGUUGUUUUAUUCCGUUGUGCCGAUUGAGAGGGCGACGAUAGAGGGGGAGACUGAUGCUGCUGGUGGUACUGAAGCUGGGGGAAAGAUUACUGACGAAGGAGCAAGUAUAUGGACACAACUCGCAAUAGCAUACGCAGUUCACAAAAGCUUCAUAUUCUUCCGGGUCCCGCUCACAGCCGCUGUGACACCCAAAGUCGUCAAAACCCUGCGAAGCUGGGGUUGGAAUAUCGGCAAAAAGACUUCCAAGGCUGCCAAAUAA